AGGGUGGAGGGGGGGGGCCCGGGAGGAGUCUUCCAUUCGGGAGGGCUCAGCGAUGUCUUGAUGGAGUAUGGGCCAGGUUUUAGGAUUCUCCCACUGCCAGGAAUACGGCUCAGUGGCCUCCACUCCAGAUUCAACGCCCCCGUGCACCGACGGUGGUAAUGAGGAGUCAGAGCUCUACGAGCUGCAAACAGCGAGGGACUGGUCAGAAGACGAAGCGGUCGGAUUCGAUGAAGACGACGGGCUGGCGUCCUCGCCAUCCAUCUGGGGCACGCCGCGUCAGAACUCCCUCGAGCUGACGUUCUCCUAUAUCGCCAUCGCAGAGCCCGAGGCCCUGGGGGCCUCACGCACCCACCGGGAUAGGCGCAGGGGUGCCUCGCGGGGAAGUCGCACAUCUCUGGUGCGCACGGACACGCCGGAGACACCACUGGACUCCCCGGACAUUGACUGGCACCCAGAAGGAUUCCUCAGUCGGGGCAAUGAGGAGGAGGAGGAGAGGCUAGACACGAGCACCACCAGCCCAAGAAGGAGGAGGAGGCAAAAUGAGACCAUAACGAUACAGCCAUCGCCCCAAAGUGUAGACGUAGAAACUCAGGAGGGCGAUGCAGGGAUCGUAAAUGAGGAGAGUAGUUUGAUUCAGAUGUCGUCUCAACCACAGAUACUUCCAGCAGCAGCGGCGGCAUCCUCACCGACCCCUGAGCCUGAGUCACCGAUCACUUCAGGGGAGCCCCAGCAACCUACUGAACUCGAGUCCACGUCGCUGGAUGCCACCGCUCCAUCUACUCAGGAAAAGCUGCUGAGCCAGUUUUGGUACUCAGCCCUUAACCUCUCAGAAGGCACCAUAGUAUCUCCACACAUAGCAGUCAUGGACCUGAUCUACUGGAAGGACACGGAGCGAACGGGAAUGGUGCUGACGGGAUUAGUGGUGGGUCUCCUGUGCCUGUUCCAACUCAGCAUCAUCACUGUGGUGUCCACAGCAUCUCUCGCCAUCGUGUGCUUUACCAUGUCAGUGCGCAUCUACUACAAAAUCCUCCAUACGCUCAACUGGGGCGAUGGAGAACACCCCUUCAAGUCAUAUUUGGACAUGGACAUCAGUUUUAGUGGGGAGCAGGCGGAGUUGUACAUGCAGAAAGUCAUCGUCAUGACUCUGUGUGCUGUAGACAGUCUGAAAAAACUCUUCUUUGUCAGCAACCUCUUCGAGUCCCUCAAGUUGCUGGUCCUGCUAUAUCUCGUUUCGUACCUGGGAGAUCUGUGCAAUGGCCUCACGCUCCUCAUCAUAGGUGUAAUCGCCCUAUUUUCUUUGCCACUUUUCUACCGACGGCAUCAGGAGCAAGUGGACAACGUUAUUGGAAAGGUCCAGGCCCUCAUCGACAACGUCAAGGAUUUCCUACAAAGACUAGCCCAUGGCGGUGCCCCCCCUCCCGUUAUGACCCAGGAUGGUGCCAAACCUAAAAUCCAAUAAACUGAUGGAUGACAGGAUCACGAGAAGCUGCGGGCCGUCACGCCGCCAUCUUACCCGGCAAAGCAGUCCCGGCUCCACUUGACCGAGCUGCUGAAUCCAGAAGGACGGGAUGUUUGCUAUUAGAACUGUCUCAGUUAUUGGGUUUUUAGAGGAUUGUAUGACAUUUUUUUGUUUCGUUUUGUUUUUUAAUUAUCAAAGUUUCUGUUGAAAGCUGUCGUCCAAAUGAGGCUCCUUACACCCCAAAUGGAAACUUCACGUUCAUAAUUCAUGGCAGCAUCUCACUGACCGUUGCCGUGCUCGUUAAUUUUUGAAUGCAUAUUCGUUUUUAUGACUGUUUUGUGAGUGUACAUAUCUGCCUGCGCGCGUGAGUGAAUAACUCGUGGAAAACAAGCAAUUCAAGUCACUUUUUUGUCCUUUUUCAGGCAUUACCAUCAGUGUUUUCUCGACAUUGUGCAUCGUUGCACUUUUGGCCAUCAUUUAUGCGCCUCAUUAUGUUUGAAAGCAUAUGUGGUCGGAUUUCUUUACGAAGAAAUGUAAGCGUAGGUGCCUUUCUUAGAGCAGGUUCAAGCGUAUUCAUGAAUGAUUUCAUCUUAUUCACACAUCCCUCGUUUAUGUGCACCUUGCCCUUUGAAAAAUGGAGUUUUGUACCUGUACGAUGCCUUUGUGAUGACAUGACAAUGGUUAUCUUGUAAGAAAAAUCACUUUUAGAAAUAAUAAAAUUGAUCAGGAU